AUGGAAUACCCUCCGCAAUACCAACAACCCCACGGGCAGCAUGCCCACGCUCCGUCUCACAUCGCUGCCCCUUACCAGACAGCACCCCCGAACGCAGGACCUGCUGUAGGGUCAAUGACCUCUCCCACUAACCCCCAGGCACAUAUGCAACAAGCUCAUCCUACACAUCAGGCUUCCCCCAUCGUUCCCUCACAAUCGCACUAUCAACAGCCGCAAAAUGCUCCUGGGCCAGUACAUCAGCAGAUGAACUUUUCUCAACCGUACGGUGUCGCUGCUGCGAUGCCGCAAACGUAUGGAAUCUCCCCGACCCAGGCGGCGGCCAUGGCGACGGCCGCAGCAUCGGGCCCAUUCUACCCGAUUCACCAAGACUCCAUGCCAGGUCAAAUGGGACCUGGCCCUCGGGGAUCCCCACGCAUGGCGGGAGUUCAGGUGAAGAGCGAUCGGCAUCCUCGGUCUCCGCCCCAAAUAUCCGGUCAGAUGGCCUCCAUGGGACCUCAAGUGCAGAUGUCGCAGAAUGCGCAGCUACAGCAGCGUCGGAUGAGCCAUGUGGGAAGCCCUCAUGUCCCCAGUGCUCAGCCGGUCCUCAACCACGUUGGCCGACCUUCCGUGCCGCCGGCCAUGGUGGCCCCGCCUCCGCCGCAAAUUCAGCAGAGCCAAGCUUCUCCGGAUAUGGUGGCCGGUGGUGCGGACGAGUCUCCUUUGUAUGUGAACGCGAAGCAAUUCCAUCGCAUAUUGAAGCGCCGCGUGGCCCGACAGAAGCUGGAAGAGCAAUUGCGGUUGACCUCGAAGGGACGAAAGCCUUACUUGCAUGAGUCGCGCCACAACCAUGCCAUGCGUCGCCCCAGAGGCCCUGGUGGACGGUUCUUAACGGCGGAUGAGGUCGCUGCAAUGGAGAAGAAGCAAUCCUCCGGCAGUGUGCCCUCGGGCCAGGAGAAUGUGGACAGCAAUGCUUCGAAAGCGCUGGGAACUACGUCUCCUUCGGCGCAGAAGCGCAAGUCAAGCGACGUCAACGAUGAGAUUGUCAAUCCCAAGAAGGUCAAGACUGUCACUGCCAAAGCGAGCACAAGUGCCGAGGAGAGCGAGAACGAAUCUGCUGAGCUGUCUGAUGAAGACGGUUGA